AUGAGUUCCAGUCUUUCCAAGCAGCUAAGGCUAUCUAUGUCACCCUGUCUACUGAACAGGACCUCUGCAUCUAAUGCCACCAGCUGCACCACAGAAGUAGAGCCUUUGUUCCAGACCUUCUCCUCCACCCUGGUCUUGAUAGUCUUGGCCACUGUCAUCUUCUGCCUGGUUGUCCUUUCACUUAGUACCUUUCAUAUGCACAAAAUCAAGAUGAAAAAACGCAAAAUCGAGAAAGCCCAGGAGGAAUAUGAGAGAGAUCACUGCAGCCCUAAGGCAGAAAGAGGAAAUCUAUAUGAGAGGAUGAAGAGACAGCCAAGUAACGCCCAAGAGAGUGGCAUCUACAAUUCACCCAACAUCCAGAGAAAAGAACAGAACACCCCAAACCAGGACCCCAGAAUAACUGAACAGUCUGAUCAGGAAGCCUCAACAUUGGACAGAGAGGACCUACUGCAGUCCGUGGUCUUGUCAUGA